CACAUCUCUUCAUUCCAUUUCCUUCCUCUCACGCCUGUUUCUCUCCGUCACUUCCUUCUUCUCCGCAACAAUGGCAUCAAAGCUCUCUUUGAUUCUCUGCCUUCUCGCUAUCUUCGUGGUGUCUUCCGAUUCCGCUCGCGACGCUCCGGCGCCGUCCGUCGAUUGCUCUAACCUCGUCUUGACCAUGGCCGAUUGCUUGUCCUUCGUCUCCAAUGGAAGUACCGUCACCAAGCCCGAGGGCAAUUGCUGCUCUGGCUUGAAGACUGUGCUAAAGACCGACGCUGCUUGCCUCUGUGAGGCCUUCAGAAGCAGCGCUCAGUUGGGCGUGGUUUUGAACGUCACCAAGGCCGUUACUCUUCCUGCUGCUUGUAAAGUCUCCGCUCCUUCUGCUACUAACUGUGGAUUGUCUGAUACUCCUGCCGCUGCACCAGCUGGAGGCCUCACAUCUCCUCUAUCAUCUCCACCAUCUGCUGCAACUGGUGGAGAAGCGCCUGAAGCUUCUGGUGGAGAGGCUGCAAAUGAGAUAUCUCCAGCACCAUCACCAUCUCCUGGCAACACUUCGGCAUCUUCUGUGCUUGAUCCCAUUUCAGCACCAUCUUUGCUUCUUGCUGCUGCUUCAUGUGUAGCCAUUUUCUCAUCCUUCUGAGAGACUAGUGAGAGAUUAUAUGAUGAGGGAUUAUAUAUUUUGAUUUUCUUCUCUCUUUUUGUUUUCCCCCCUUUAAAUAUUCAUUUGCCAUUUUGAGCAUCAGCUCUUCUCAUUUAUCAUUUCAUGUGUUCGUGACUUUUUAACAGUAGAUUAAAAUUCAUUCUUAGAGUGA